AUUUUAUUCAGCUUAAAUUAAAAGUUAAAUAUCAUGUAAGCUAGCUUGACAUACUUGACGCCAUUAAUAUUUUUUAUAUCUGCUUUGAACAAGUGCAAUUAAUCAUGGGUGAAGCGAAUGCAGAGUUGGAAAUGAACAAUACUUUUGUUAGUAUCCCAGAGAUGAAAUCUCUUCCUAAGGGAAUCAAAUUUUUCGAAUCGGAUGACAUCAUUGAUGAUGAUAAAUUACUCAAAGAUCUUGACAAAGAUUCUACUGAUGACGAUUCUCCUUCCUACUUUUUGAUGAUUUUUCUCCCGCUUGCUUCUCUCGUUGUCAUCAUUGUAUUGGCCGCUGCUGCUCUUAGGUGGAAAUAUACGUCUAGAAAUCAUACUUUUUCUCAUUCUAAAGAUAAAUGUAAUACACAAACGACAACAACAACCAAUACUUCUUCUACUGGUGAUAAUAAUAAUAAAUCGAAAACUGAGAGAUUAAAAAGUGAAGAUUCUGAAGCUGCUGCUCCGCUCAAAAAUAGAACUCAAUCUACCUCAUCAUCUGCCUCUUCCACUGUUAGUCGAGAUAUUUUAAUCGAAGGAUCGAAGCCGGUUGUCGUUGAUAUGAGAAUCGCUCCCGAUUCAAGUAAUCAAGAUAUUUUAAAAAGUAGCAGAACAGACUUGUAUUGCGAGAUAUCUACAUCAUCUGAAAAUAUUUCUGAAAAACCUUUUUGUGAAAAAAAAGAAAAUAUUCCUGAUUCGGUGAAAGUUGAAUGCGAGAUUUUGAAAGAAAAAGUGGAAAAUAUCAAUGAAAAUAUAAAGAAGGAGGAAAAUAAAAAAUCUGUGCAAUUACCUGCUGUGAAACCUGAAGACGUAAUAACGAAACGUCCAAAAACUCUUGGGGUGAUGACCGUUGUCGAUAGCAACAAGGCAAAUUCGAACUGCUCGAAAGGUUUUCCUUGGCUCGAUCAAUUGUGGACCCCAGAUGCAGAUAUAAUUUACGAGGAUACUAAUAGUCCUAUUACACAACAUCCACCACAUAAAGAACGAGAAGAUAGUUUGUUUCCUUUGAUGGCAAAGGGAAGAUUUAAAAUGAAACCCAAAGGGCUUCUUGAAAGGAGAGGAUCAAAUGUUGCUCUCACUAUUUCACUUAAAAAUGAGGAAAAAUCAUGUUCAAGUCCACCACCUUCUUCAAAAUCACCGAAACCUCUAGUUUACCUACGAACUGCAACUGCCAAACUAGACCCGAUUCAAUUAAACGUAAAAGCAAAUGAUACAGCGAGAUUGCAACAAGAAUUUUGGGAGGUUCCAAUGAACCAUCCUUCAGAAAAACAUUUCAGUAUACCUGGUUAUGGUACAAAAAAUAGAUACAGAUCUAUUUUGCCAAAUCCACAUAGUCGAGUACUACUUCCAGCGACACCUAGUGGAGAUCCAUUAUCAGCGUAUAUCAAUGCCAAUUAUGUCCGGGGUUACUCUACAAUUGUAGAAACCGAACGACGUCGACAAAGUGAGGACGGGAAAGAAAACGACGCCCGACGAAUGAGUAUGAAACGGAAAGCGGGAUAUAUUGCAACUCAGGGACCAAUGGCCAACACAAUCGUAGAUUUCUGGAAAAUGAUUUGGAGAGAAAAAUCAACGGCUAUUGUUAUGAUAACAAAGUUAAAAGAAAAGAGAGAGAAAUGUUCAGAAUACAUGCCACUAAAACCUUCAGAAAAACGAACUUACGAAAAUUUUGAAAUUGAAGUUAAAAAUGUCAGAUCUGCUGAUCAUUAUACAGUGAGAACGAUUGAAGUCAGAAAUUCGGAAGAAGAAAACGUAACUCACACAAUAUAUCAUUAUUGGUAUUCUGAAUGGUUGGAUCACGACACACCAGAGAAAUUGAGAGGAUUGUUGACCUUAAUUCAAGAGGUUGACUUGAAAUGUCCCGAUGUCAUAAACUCAGAGCAUGGGCCAGUUAUUGUUCACUGCAGUGCUGGUAUUGGCAGGACAGGAUGCUUCAUUGCAAUAAGCAUUGGAUGUCGACAAUUAAAAGUGGAGGGAAAAGUCGAUGUUUUGAAAAUUAUUUGUCAAUUGAGAAUGGACAGGGGAGGAAUGAUACAGACGUGGGAGCAAUAUCAAUAUGUUCAUGUCGCUUUGAAUCGUUACGCAAGAAUCCUCGCCGGAGAAAAUGUGAACACUCCUUCGACUGCGAGCUCAAUACAAACUCCAGAUUCAUGUCGAACAUCGUCUCGUCACUCAACCCCCGUUUCUGCAGGUUCUGGAAGCAAUUUAAGAGGGCUACUAAGUCCCCAGGCGUCUGCAAGACUAUUUUCACCGAAAAUACCCGAACUAACAACUGUGGAUGAAUCGGGGGUAACCCCUGAAGACCCCAUGGUGAAGUUACCCCCCAGUACCGGGGAUGAUGUAAAAACUAUUUUUUCACCCAGGCCCGAAAAAAGUUUUUCUCGUUUUUCCUUUUCAUGUGCAGGCGAUGCCAAUAUAGAAUCAAAUCCAGAGGGUGAAAAUGGUAACGACGCUAGCGAUGUCUCUCGUAGCCAAGAAGGUGACCUUACGACCUCUAAAAGAACUAGAAGCUCGACACCCCCUCAGUUAUUACUAAAAUUGACUUCAAAACCAAGCCCAGUGCGAGAAGAAAACUGGUUAAUUAACGGCCACUGUCGUGUAUCAGAUGAUUUUGAAAACGGGAUUGAUAACACCCACGAUUCUAUGGAAAAUAAUGAUAAUAAUAUUACAAAUGGUCUUCCUAAUGCACUGCCAAACUCAAAUCGUAUUGAUAUACAUUGUAAUACAUUGGAAAGAGAAACAAAAAGUGCAAGUCCAAAUCUUGAUAAUAACGACUUAGGUAAGUUGAAGAGAAUUCUAUCGCCCGUGAAAGAUUGCCAAACUGCUCCGAGUGAAUCGUCGCAAACCAAGUCAAUUUUCACUUUUCCUUCAUCAUGAUUUAUUUUUCAAACGUUGAUUUUUUUAUUCUUUUUUUAAAUUGUAUUCUUGUACCCUGUGAUCUUGAAAACUAGAACUCCGUUUUCUUUUUUACUUUCAAUUCUUUGGAAAAUAAUUUUUUCUUGCUAUUUUAUAACUAAAUACAUUUUGAAACGUUUGCGCUGGUAGCGAAAAAAAAUUUUGUUUUUUCAAUUUGCAACAAAUUUCGAUGGAUUCGUUUAAAAAGAUGUUCAAAAAGUAAUGAAACGAUUUAUAUAUAAGAAUUUGGAUUACCGGUUCGUUUUGGGGACAUUACUUUAUCAUAGAAUAGCAAAUUAUGCAGAUUUGAAGAAAUUAUGCCUAUAGCAGGGGUUGAAGAGCUUGAUUUGAUUUGGAGUCAUCUACUGCUUGCUGGUCAAGGCAUCAUUGCCUGCUUAGGCCUUACAAUGAACCAAUUUUAAAUGUGCAAUUUUUACUUGUUUUUAUUUUAUUCAAACUGCAGAUAUUUUUUUCUUUCAUGAGAUUAACUUCACAGAAUAGUAGAAAUUGUUAUUUUUAUUUGGAUUCUGUUUGUGCUUCAUAGGUAAGAAUGUUCAAGUAAUAUUUUUGGAACAAUGGGAUGGGCCCCUUUUUUCUGGGAUGUGUAGUCUUGCUCCUGACAGGCAAAACGAAAAAUUUGAUUCCAUCUCCCAACUGCAAGAAAACCAAACUUUGAACCACAAAAACUUCAGCAUAUCAAAGACUUCUUGGAUUGUCUGUUAAUAAUACUCUGUUAUGGGCUGCCAAUUUGAAAUUUCUAAUUCAAACUUAUUCAAAUCAAAUACAUUUUCUGUUGAUCGUCUUUGACGUUGAUUACCAACAGCUGAGGUCUGAGAUUUCAACUUCGAUUCAUGAAUCUGAAAUUAUACCUCACCCCAGGGCCGCGACAUCCACCUCUGCUGCCCCGUCAGUGAUGAAUGCCAGAUAACAGCUCCCAAUUUUCAGUAUAGUCGUCAUUUAUUGGAUGAGGCUUCAAAAUUAAAAUUUGGUUAUUUCAUACCGGCUGCUCUGAUAUGAGCAUGCUAACAAAUUAUCAUUUUCACUGAUAACAUUUUAUCAGUAGUUGAAUAUACAUUUGGUCAAGUAAUUUAUAAACUGGAGCUGAUAAGAAGCAGAAGCUAGCACAGAUUUUUGGGUUGCCAGAAAUUUUUAACUUGUUAGUCAUUUUUUUUAUUUCAUUGUGUGUUUUAUUUUUAAAUGUUUCUUCAAAUAUUUUAAUAAAUAUGAAAACUUAUAAGAAAAA